AUGGCCUCGCAACAAUUGCACUACGAAGUUCUCACAAAUGUCCAUGAAAACAAUAUGACUACCCGCUCUAUGCGAGUUUCACGCAAUCGUGAAAACUUGCAACCAUACUGGAUCCCUGAGGGAUUUCGAGCCGUGCUAAUUUCAAUUAAUGAUAUUCAGCGGCUUCCAUUCCAACAAGCGACUAAUCAUUCUCAGGAUAUUCAGCAACGGCAAAAUGCAAAUGUUGUAAGGCGCAGCAGACACGCAAAUCAGAAUCAAACCAAUCCUAUGGCAAGGCAAGGACGAUGCAAUACGGUGUUGGGUGCACCAUUAGAUCAAAUUACGGUCGCUCGUGCUAUCCCCAACAAGCCUAAACGUAAGGAGCUAUCUGGUAAUGAAAAUGACGAAAACUCGCAGACGAACACACCUACGGCCUCCGCCUCUGCUUCGGCAAGCACCUCCAUAGGUUCGUCCAUGGUGACAGCUCAAGCAAAGAAGAGAUGCCUUGGCAACAAGAAAAUUGAUGCACGUCAGCAACAUAACCAGAAUCAGCGAGCAGCGGUUAAUUUCCGUAAUAACGAGAACAAAACACCGGAACACAACAUUUCGGAUCCGUUCGCUGAUGCCACCACCAACGGAAUUGCUCAAACGCCGUCUCAUAAUCAACGCGUGUCUCAGCGCAUGUCCUUGUCUCAACAAGCUAUUGGCAGUUCUAACGAAUUCAAGCAUCCAAGAAAAGCCAUGGUAUCAUCGGAACGUGAUGCCCUUUAUGCAACGCACGGUUCUAACCGUGUCUCAAAGAACACAAGCAGUAUGCAUAUCAACAAGCCGUUUCGAGUCUUGGAAUCGAAAGUAGAGUCAGCCGUUCUUCCAAAUUCACAACACAAUCUUCAUUCAAACCCACUCGCCGAAGACAACUUUGGUUUACUCUCCAAUGAGGGUCGCAACGCCAACGGCGAUGAAUGUCGUGAUGAAAUGGAAUCGGUCGAAUUGGAUAGGGAUCAAGUUAUGAAAAUGUAA